AUGGACUAUACGCUUAAGAAUGAAAGAGACUCGUUCCACUUGAACAGACUGUUGCACCUCAAGAAAGACUCGCUUCCUUUGUCUGACCCAGCAUCCUUCAGUUCCUUCUACAUCGACACGCCUGCUUCAAAAGCAAAAAACACAUUGAACGACAAAACUCGAAGCACUGGUGAAUACGUUCCUAUCAAAACCUUUCAACAUGUUUACCGACGUAUGCCGGACAUAGAUGUUCAGAGUGGUGAAAACAAAAGUCUCGAAGUGCUCCUGAGAAGAGGGGACAUUGAACCAGCGACUGACCUUGUGACUAGAGACACGAAGGUCAUACUGUGGUAUUCCCCAACAAGGUAUCAUCCAAGAUUGUCGAGAUUACACCCCUUGCGGGGAUGCCCAGAAUCCAGAUGUCGGGUUACAACAAACAGAGACUUCUACAACCAGAGUGAUGCUCUUGUGUUUACUGCACGGCUCCUAGAUCAGAUGCCACCAGUGAAGCUUACGAAUCAAGUGUGGAUAUUACAUAAUCAUGAGUCUCCACGGUGGGUGAAUAAAAACACGUAUUUGUACAACGAAGCCUGGAGCUCCAAAUUUAACUGGACGAUGGGCUAUAGGAAUGACGCCGAUUUCAAAGUCCCGUACGGAAUCUUCCAAAGGAAGAAUGGAACAUUUCUUAGAGAAGAACAUCCACCAAUAAGAAACUAUUCACAAAUCUGGGCUUCGAAGAAUGGAACAGUUGUAUGGAUGGUAAGCAACUGCCGAACUAUGAGUAAAAGAAAGGAAUAUGUUCGGGAAUUGAGUCGCUAUGUCCAAGUUGAUAUAUUCGGCAAGUGUGGCGACCACAGAUGUCCAAGAUCUGAUGACGAAUCGUGUCUGGAACAUCUUUCGAAAAAUUACAAAUUCUACUUAGCCUUUGAAAAUGCGUUUUGUAAAGACUACAUAACUGAAAAGUUUUUCCGUUACUUCAACUCUGAUAUGGUCGUAGUGGCCAGGGGUGGGGGCGACUACAGUGCCGUUGCUCCCCCAGGAACCUUCAUCAAUGCAGCUGACUUCGUAUCACCUCAGCGUCUUGCCCAGUUGUUGAACGAGCUGGCUCACAAUGAAAAAGACUAUGUCAAUAUUCUACGCAAGAAGAACCAGUAUCAUGCCGUUUGGGAGGAGUGGCCCAUAGUUAAAAAUGGGAUCAUAAGAUAUAUGACCUAUCAUUACGAUAUGGUGCCCAUGUGUGACAUUUGUAACCGGUUGUGGGAUGUUGAAAGUAACGGAACACUCUACAUGGACAUUGGGGAGUGGUUUGAUAAAGGGAUGUGUUUUGAACCUUUCGAUCUAACUUCAGAUAGGUUGUGA